UUCCCACCAGUGGCUAACAGAGAGUAUCGCAAUAGUGUAGCGAUUGCGGUGUUUCUGCUGAGUCUCCCUGGAUAAACUGUGUCAAGUCGAUAGUCCGCGAAAGUUGGAGUCUCUGGGGAGGAAACUUCAAAGUGAGGGCCGAGGAUGUCGUCCACGGGCGACCCACCCGUGGGUGAUUUUCCCCUGCACAAGGCGGUCUUCGAGGAUGAUCUAGGCGAAGCGACUCGAGUGUUAACGUCGGAAAAUAUCAACUCCAAAGAUAGAUACGGCAACACACCGAUCCACUUAGCGGUGAUGCUCGGACACCAUCAAAUGGUGAAACUGCUUACGAACAAAUGUAAUCCCGGAAUCCGGAAUAACGAAGGCUGGACUGCGGUCGACGAAGCAGUCAGUCGCGCAGAUCGCGCACUCUUGUACGAUAUCCUCAGACGAAAACGAACCUACGCUCAAGAGACUUUACAAUGUAUGAAGGCAGACAUGCUCAACGUUCUUUCCUCCGUUGGAGAUUUCUACAUGGAGCUCAAGUGGGAGUUUCAGAGUUGGAUCCCUCUCGUUUCUCGAAUAUUGCCAUCCGACGUUUGCCGAAUCAUGAAAAGAGGCGGCUGCAUCAGAAUGGACACAACCCUGGUCGAUUUCCGCGAUAUGAAAUGGCAGAGAGGUGAUCUGUCUUUACUUUUUCGCGCCCACGCGAAGCCUGCCGAGCGGCUCCUAGUCAUGGAUAAUGGAAAGAAGACGUACCAUCGAAUCAGUUCAUCGGAGACUGACGUCAUCAAUGAAAUGAUGACCUCGGAUAUCACGCACAUGAACUUCUCCACGAAAAACAUUUCAUUCACUCGGAUGCAGUCUGGAUGGCUGUUCCCCAGCAAUCGUACGGAGAAGGUGUCCAAGUUCGUCGCCGAUUUCUACGAUGUACAUGGACUGGAAUUUGUAACUAAGAAACGCCGGGAACAUCUCAGCCAAGAGGAUCUUGUCAGGAACAAGAAAGCUAUGUCGGGUCAGUCUCUCAAGCUCCUAGUUCAGAUUGAGUCAAUAAGUCAAUUCACCUCAGAAGAAGUUCGGCCGUCACCUCUUCCGCCGAUCCCUCCGUGCUCAUUGACUUGGGAGGAUUAUAUGGCGGAUAGUAACACCAGAGCGCCGGUUCUCGGUCGCCCACCGGUGGUAAAAGUCAAUCAGAAGUCUUUCAAGCCCGUCGUCGCAAUGAGUAACGAGUUCCCAUUCACCACCGAGGACCUCUUGAAUAUAUUGCAGUUCAUCGCUCCGUUCAAACAUUUCGACCGACUCCGGGAAUUCGUACGGAUGAAACUUCCGCCUGGUUUUCCCGUUUUAAUGGAGUUCCCGGUACUGCCGACGGUCACCGCGAGAGUGACGUUCCCUGAAUUCGAGUACAGAGAUAAUAUAUCACCGGAUUUUUUCGUCAUUCCCAGUGAUUAUAGUGAACGGAAAUUGAGGUCGACUUCGCAGCGACAGAAGUCUUCUCCGAAAAGCUCCUGGACAUCGUUUUCGGAAUCGCCGUGAUAGGAUCGCAGAGAAGAAGUGUCGAUUCCCUUGAGAAUGUGGAAGAAGCCGAGGCACCCUGUUGCUAAUCGGAUUUUUUUGCAAUUUCCGCGAUGUUUAUCAUUCGUUCAAGAUGUUAAUUAAUUAUUCUGACUGAUGAUUCAAACUCCAAUGCUCCGGAAGCCGCAUGGAAGCUGAGUCGAGUUUGGGUGAUAGCCGGGUCAAGCAGCUGGAGAUGCACAAUCGAGGUCUUUUUCCUAGCUCAGAAAACGUGAUCGUGUUCGGUAGGGCACAAGAGCCUUGGAUCAACAUUUUCUAUUCAUCUUUACGCGGCUCUACCUCGAGAUGAGACCCGAUAUCAGAACGGGCACAGACCUGAUUUUCUACAUGCUUGUUACGUAUACCCUUUCUUUUAAACGUCCCGGACCUCGCCGCCGGCACUGUACAAGUUCCUCCGAGUGCCUUCUGAGCAUCUGUCUCAAAGAUGUUUUCGAAUGGCGCACAAACUGCACUAACUGUAAUAUUGACCAAUGUUGUUGACAAAUGUGCAUCAAUAAU